AUACCCUUUUGCAUCGUUUCUUUCUUUUUUCUGACCUUCCCCUUAAUUAGAAAAAAAAAAAAAAGAUGAAUCGUUUGUUGCUGGCCAUUACAGCACUUUUGCUGAUUAUUCAACAUGUAUAUGCCAUGACUAUUGAUAUUGAUGCUGGAGAAAAAGAAUGUUAUUAUGAAGAGUUGGAUGUUGGAGAGAGACUGACACUUUCUUACGAAGUUGGAGAAGGAGGUAAACUCGAUGUUGAUUUCUGGUUGACGGAUCCCACUGGAGCCACUGUUAUUAGCACGGUUCGAACCACAUCCGAUGUCCACACUUACAACGCUCGUUUUGAAGGAAAGCAUACCUACUGUUUCAGUAACGAGUUUUCUAAUGUGAGUGAUAAGAAGCUCAGUUUCAAUGUCCACGAAAAUUUUCAAAAGGUUCAUGACAGUGUGAAAGAAUCUACCGACCCCCUUGAUAAGGAAAUUGCAGAAUUAGCAGAGAGUAUCUUUGCUGUAAAGGCUCAACAAGAGUAUAUUGUCUUUAGAGAACGUCAGCACAGAGACACUGCUGAAAGUACAAAUUCUCGUGUCAAAUGGUGGUCUACAGCUCAACUUGGUUUAUUGAUCAGUGUUUGUCUUUGGCAAGUGUACUAUCUUAAGCGUUUCUUUGAGGUCAAGAGAACUGUUUAAGACUGCUACAAUAACAACAGGGAGGAGGAGGAUAACAAUGGAACCAUUUUUUUUUUAUUAUGUGGGAGGCCUAUAUCUCAGGGCAAAACGUAUUGCCAUUUACAAUAAAAAUAAGUAAUUGUUCGGAGUGUCGCUUUUUUCCCUCUCUC